CGAGCCCUUGCCGAACGUGGUGGAGCUGUGGCAGGCAGAAGAAGGGGAACUCCUGCUGCCCACUCAGGGUGACUCUGAAGAGGAUGUGGAGGAGCCUUCCGAAGAGCACAGCUUCUCAGACAAACUAUUCAGUGGAAAGGGCUUGCAUUUUCAGCCAUCAGUUCUAGAUUUUGGAAUUCAGUUCCUGGGACAUCCGGCAGCAAAGAUUCUCUAUGCUUAUAACCCUAGUCGGGAGAGUGAGGUCGUGGUGAAUUCAGUGUUUACAGCUGCUAGACAUUUUCAUGCACCUCCUGUUCAUUGCAGGGUCAUUCCAGCAAUGGGGAAGACUUCCUUCAGAAUUAUUUUCUUACCUACUGAAGAAGGAAGCAUUGAAAGCUCUUUAUUUAUUAAUACCUCCUCCUAUGGAGUCCUUUCCUAUCAUGUGUCUGGAGUGGGGACCCGCAGAGCCUCCACAGAAGAGCAGCUUCCGAACGCCUACUUUCCCCUCCCCCAGGUCCAGAGCGUCCAGCUCUCCCAGACACAGGUGGAAACCACUAAUACUAGCCUCUUGCAGGUGCAACUGGAAUGCAGUUUACACAAUAAAGUGUGCCAGCAAUUAAAGAGUUGUUAUCUGGAAUCUGAUGAUGUUUUGCAAUUACAAAUGAGCAUAAUUGUAACAAUGGAAAACUCCUCAAAAGAGUUUGAAGAAAACACACAAGAUUUGUUAGAUCAUCUCUCUAUUGUUUACGUAGCUACAGAGAAAUCUGAGACCUCAGAUGACUCGACAGUAAAUAUGUACAUACUCCACUCGGGAAACAGCCUCAUACGGAUCCAGGAUGUACGUCACUCCUCGCAGAGGGAAGCUCUGUCUCUGCAGUUUGAACCAGUUCUCCUCCCUACUUCUACAACAAACUUUACAAAAAUUGCCUCUUUUACUUGCAAAGCUGCAUCCUGUGACAGUGGAAUUAAAGAUGUGAAGAGAACCAGAAGCACUUCCCCGCUCAGAGCCUGCCUCUCCUCGCCUGUGGUUCAUGGGUAUUUUAGAAUGGACCCUUCCGCAGCCCAUUUUCUCAUUGAGACUCACGAGAACACCUCCGGGCUUUGGUCCAUAUGGUACCACAACCAUUUUGACCGCCGCCUUGUAGUGAAUCAUGUGUUUGUUUCCAAGGACGCCAGAGACGUUGUGAAGAUUCUGAAUUUCACUGGCCCUUUAUUUCUACCUCCAGGCUGUUGGAAUAUAUUUUCUUUGAAACUUGCUGUUAAAGACAUGGCCAUAAACCUAUUUACCCAUGUAUUUUUGACUACAAACAUAGGUGCUACUUUUGCAAUACCUCUACAGAUUUACUCUGCACAGACUAAGGAAGGGAGUCUGGGUUUUGAAGUGAUAGCACAUUGUGGCAUGCAUUAUUUCAUGGGAAAAUCAAAAGCAGAAAAUCCUGACUGGGAAAGGAGCCUUUCUCUGGAUUGGUCUACCUGGGAUGUGGAUUCUGAACUUGCAAAUAAAUUGUAUGAAAAGUGGAAGAAAUUUAAAAAUGGUGAUGUCUGCAAGAGGAAUGUUCUAGGAACAACUCGCUAUGCCCAUUUGAAGAAACCCAAGGAGUCCGACGCCUUUGUCUCCUUUCUGCCACGUUUGCUAACAGAGCCUGGACUUCUGCUAAACUUCAGUGCCACCGCGCUCAGGAACAGUGCGGUGAAGUACUUCGUAGUGAAGAACCCCUCCUCCUCGCUGGUCUCCCUGCAGCUCCUGCCUCUCUCUUUGUACCCGCAGCGGGAAGCUGCUGUACGCUUACUGCACAAAUGGUUUGGCACCGACAUGCAGGUGAUUAAUUUCACAACGGGUGAAUUCCAGCUCACCAAGGCUUGCCCUUACCGGGGUGUACGCACGGACGAACAAAGGUCUGGCAUCCUCCACUUACACUUGCAGCCUUUGGAAGUGCGAAGGGUCGGGUCACUCCGCUUCAAGGUGCCCGAGUCAACGCUGAUGGACUGCCAGCGACAACUGAAAGACAGCAAGCAAAUUUUAUCAAUUACAAAGAACUUCAAGGUCGAGAAUAUUGGACCACUCCCGCUAACGGUGACAUCCCUGAGAAUUAAUGGAUAUAAUUGCCAAGGUUAUGGAUUCGAAGUGCUAGACUGUCAUCCGUUUUCCCUCGACCCAAACACUUCCCGGGAUAUCAGCAUUGUGUUUACUCCAGACUUCACCUCUUCCUGGGUCAUCCGGGAGCUGACCCUGGUCACUGCGGCUGACCUGGAGUUCCGCUUCACUCUCAACGUGACCCUCCCUCACCACCUGCUGCCCCUGUGUGCGGAUGUGGUUCCUGGUCCCACCUGGGAGGAGUCGUUUUGGAGGCUCACGGUCUUCUUUGUCAGUUUGUCCCUGUUCGGUGUGAUUGUAAUAGCCUUCCAGCAAGCACAGUAUAUUCUUAUGGAAUUCAUGAAGGCGCGGCAGAGGCAAAAUGCCAGCCCCUCUUCACAGCCAAGCAGUAGUCCCCUGGACGUCAUGAGCCCCCAUUCUCACAAAAGCAAUUGCAAGAACUUUCUUGACACCUACAGCCCGCCUGAUAAAGGCAGAGGGAAAAGCUGCCUUCCGGUGAACACCCCACAGAGCAGGAUCCAGAAUGCCGCCAAGAGGAGCCCAGCCACCUACGGGCACCCCCAGAAGAAACACAAGUGCUCGGUCUACUACAGUAAGCACAAGAGCAGCACGUCCGUCCCCAGCGGCGCCCCCGCCACGGCUGAGGAGAAGCAGACCUUGGUGCUGGGUGGCCCGCUGGCUGCCACUAAAGGGGACAUGGGCGCCGAGGUGACCGGGGAGAGCUGGGUGGACUUCAGAUACGCCAGUGGCCUCGACAUCAACCUGCAGAAGGACCUCGCCCUUCCCAAAAACUUACUGAGUAAAGAAGAAAACACCCUGAAAGCCGCCGUUGCUGUCAGUAGUACUUCUUCAGAAUGCCACAUGAAGGAGGGAAUACAGACAUGUAUGUUUCCUAAGGAAACGGACCUUAAACAUUCAGAAAACACAGCAGAGCUCAAGGGAGAGCUCUCUCCUCUGAAGACCCCUAAGAAAAUACCUGAAAACCAUUCGCCCAGAAAUUCACCUCCAUUCCAGUCAGACUUGCCAGAAAUUUCCAGGAAGAAUAACGGAAAUCACCAGCAAGUGCCAGUCAAGAAUGAAACAGACAGUUGUGAAAGUUUGAGAAAGAGUGACUCAAAGUCUUCCUCAGAAAAGAAGAUUCAUAAAGCAUCAAAAGAAGACAUAUGUUCUGAGAAGCAGGACAUACCGUCAUUAGAGCAAGAAGAUCCUUAUAAGAAGAAGAAACUUCAGGAGAAAAAAGAAGGACAGUUACAAACUUUGAAUUGGACUAAAAAUCGAACUUGUAGGAAAAACAAGAAAAGAGGCGUGGCUCAGGCCCUAAGGCCUUCUGAACAGAGUGAAUUGAAGCUUGUAGGCAGCGAAUUUGAAAGGUCUGAGCCGAGCGGUGACGUGGCCGUGGGGAACUGGUGUAUCCAGGAAGAUGCCGGGGAAGCGUGUAAAGCAGACGCUGGCCUGGGAGGCAGCUCCCCUGUGGCACAGGGCGAGGCAGAGGGUUUCUACCAGAAGCCGGGGAAGCAGUGUGCGGAGAAGGCCUGCUCGGACUCCAGCUCGGACUGCAGCAGCUCCUCAGGCAGCUCCUCGGGCAGCUCCUCGGGCAGCGUGCGCACCAGCAGGGGCAGCUGGGGCAGUGCCAGCAGCCUCGAAGGGGACAAGAAGCCCGAGGCCGGGCCCCAGCACUGCCCGCCAGCUGGAGUCAGCGUCUCACCAAACGACUUUCCUGUGGAAACCCCCAUCCCCUUAAGCCUCUCCCACGACAUCUGCAGCCCCACAGAUGUGAACAAUCUCCCACAGUAUGCGGACCCUCCCUGCCCUCCCAGGCUUCCUGCCGGGCCUGCGGGGCCUGAAGAAGAUAAAGGCCUGUACCCGUCCGGAGAGCUGUGGCCCACCCAGCCCAUGUGUGUGACAAACGGCUUCAACUGCACCCUGGACACCAGCGCGCCGGGCGUGGUGCAGGGCCCCGCCCCGGUGCCCAGCAGUUUCGUUGACUGGAACACAACCUGCGAAGGCCAGUUCCCCAACAUGUACAGCCCGCUGGACAUGAAUGAUUACAACGCCUUUCCAGAAGAGAACAUGAAUUACGCCCACGGCUUCCCCUGUCCAGCGGAAGUGCAGACAGACUUCGCAGAGCAUGCCUGGAGCGCCCCUGCCAGCCUGCCGGCCGCCUGGGGCCACGCGGGGCUCAUCAGCAAUCCGCCCUACCUCACAAGCACCCGGAGCUUGUCCCCAAUGUCUGGACUUUUUGGUUCCAUCUGGGCCCCCCAAAGUGACGUGUAUGAAGGUUGCUGCCCCGUCAGCCCCAGCACGGAGCACUCGACGCACAUGGAGAGCCAGGCGGUGAUGUGCAAGGAGUACUACCCAGGCUUCAACCCGUUUCGUGCCUACAUGGACCUGGACAUAUGGACUAGCCCAGCCGACCGGGGCGCCGGCUUCCCGCUGUCCAGGGACUCCAGCUACUGUGGGAACGUGUGAAAAGAAUUCGAUUUUUAAACAAUGUGAAUAAAGAGGCUUGUGGUUUGACGACUAGCGUAAACUGAUUGUUGAGGUAGAUGAUGACAUUGGUGGAUAUUUUGGCACUUUUAUA